UGCACAGUAGAUUUUUGUAAAUACUUGAAUAAACCAUGUAAAUGAAGAAAUUCAUCGUGUUCUUUUAUUUAUUCGGACGAGAUUCAAAAAAAAUUAGAGAAAAAUUUAUAUAUGUAAAUACGUGAGGUUGCCAGUUUACGGAUAGAUUUCCAUAUUUUCUUUGGAUACUUGGGGACCAUGUCGUUUUAUAAGGCAAAACUAAGUGUCUUACCGAUUUAUAUUUUGGGUGGGCUUAUCAUCCUGAGUAUCUUGCGUGGUGGUGAGGACACUAUAUCUUGGAUUGGCACGCCGUAUAAUGUGUCAAUAAUGGGGGAAAGAAAAGGCUUCAGAAAUUUCUUGCAAAUUGUUCGAUCGAAAUAGAUUUUAGUGUGAGCUUAAUAAUGAUCAAAAGUAGUAUUUUAUCAACCUGAAUUUGAAUUUCCAAAUUUGAAAAAUAAUUUAUGUAGCUACCCGAAACCUGUGGUGUAAGGUAUGUCAUAGAGUAUAGUUAAGUCUCAUAUUUCUGUAUCUCUGACUGUGCUCGUCUCACUUGCCCAGUCAGUCACCAUCUGCUACUUGGAGAAUAAAGACAUGUAUAUAGUAACUCUCCAGUGCCUGCUCUCUGACUGAUUUCGACAUCGGUGUAAAUGGUGUGUCGAUGGCCAACGCUACCUAAUUGCAUCUCACACGCAUUACACUACAUGGUGGCAGCGGGUCAGAACUCCCGUCGUGUCGAAAAGGUGACUUAUCAGUGAUUACUGUGAGGGGAAGUUUAUUGCGGUGUCUGCACGUUGAACUAUAGUACUACUCUGCGCAUAGAGAUGGCAGAUAAAGGGUCAGUGUUUCAAGUGUGCCCACCUGAGCAAUUCUCGUUCUCGUCCCCCUCAGACUGGCCUCGAUGGAAACGUCGGUUCGAAAGGUUCCGGAUCGCUUCUGGCCUAGUCAACAAGACUGAAGUGGAGCAAGUCAACUCUCUUAUCUAUUUUAUGGGCGACCAGGCGGAUGAUAUCUUACUAUCAUUUGGGCUCUCCAGUGACGACCAGAAGAAGUUCGACACCGUCUUAGCCAAGUUUGAGGCUCACUUCAUCGUGAAAAGGAACACAAUCUAUGAGCGUUCCCGUUUUAAUUCUCGCGUUCAGGAGAACGGAGAAAGUGUCGACGAAUUCAUCACUUCGCUAUACUCACUUUCUGAAUACUGUGAGUACGGGCAAUUGAAGGAUGAACUGAUUCGUGACAGAAUUGUUGUUGGGGUGUGUGAUCGUCAUCUGGCUGAGAAGAUGCAGUUGGACGAGUCGCUCACUCUGGAAAAGGCUGUGAAGAUGUCCCGUCAGCAUGAGACCGUGAAGAGGCAGCAACGAGAUCUUCGUGGCGAAACGACUACUACUAAUCUUGCAAGGGUAGGGGCCCAGCCAGUGAAGGAAAAGCCCAACUCCCAGGCGAAGUCUGAAAAAUCUUCGUCGUCCGACUCCUCCAAAAGCUGCAAAUUUUGUGGGAGGACCCAUGAGAUGAAGAAGGAACUCUGUCCAGCAUGGGGAAAGGAUUGUAAGACCUGCGGCAAGAAGAACCAUUUCUCUAAACUGUGCAAAAGUAAAGUGGGGACUGUUAAAGUGAAUUAUGUGGACGGUGAAGUGCGCGAUCGUGAAGGUAGUUUUGUUGGAUCCAUCAGAACCAUCGGCUUUUUGGAAACAGCCCAGUCGCGUGACUCUCGCUGGUCAUCCCUGGUGAAGGUGGACAACGCCGAAAUCCUCUUCAAGCUCGACCCUGGGGCUGACGUCACUGUGAUCCCACACACUCUUUUCUGUCAAAAGUGGAAAUCUCGCCGACUGGAUCAUCCGACGCGAUCAGUGAAUGGACCGGAUGGAUCAUCUCUGAAUUCUGUGGGAAGUUUUAUGUGUGACCUGAGCCAUGGAAAGUUAAAAGUGAAUGAAACUGUUUAUGUGAUUCGAGGGCUGCAGCGACCACUGCUAGGACUGCGAGCCUGUGAAGACUUGAAUCUUGUUCGCCGAGUUGACCGUGUGUGGAAUGAAGAGGUGCCGAAGUCAGCAGAAAAUCCUGCCCACUUUGAGAAGGAGUUUCCGAUGCUCUUCUCGGGUCUUGGAAAAAUUGACCACCCCUACACGAUCAAGCUCAAACCUGACGCCGUGCCGUACGCGAUUCACUGCCCAAGGAGGGUGCCACUCCCACUAAUGGACAAGCUGAAAGGGAAGAUUGAAGAAUUUCUCCGCGACGACAUCAUCGAAUCUGUGGAUGAACCGACCGAAUGGUGUGCUCCUGUCGUCAUGGCGCCGAAGUCGAAUGGUGACAGAGUUUGUGUUGAUCUGACAAAACUCAACCGGAAUGUUGAACGAGAGUUUCACAUGAUGCCUGUUGUUGAGCACACGCUUGGCCAGAUCUCUGGAGCCAAGUACUUUACGAAACGGAAUCCAACUCGACUUGUGCCAAUCUCAGUGGACAAGGAAGACCUCAACUCGAAAGAAGAGCUGCGACGGUCAAGACAGAAGAAGGACUACGAUUCGCAUCAUCGUGUCCAGCCGAAGGAAGACCUCCAACCUGAAGAAGUUGUCUGGGUUAAAGACCUUCGAACCUGGGGAAAAGUGUUGGAGAAUGCUAAUGCUCCGGGUUCUCUUAUUGUGGACACACCGCGAGGAAAGUUUCGACGCAACUCCUUGGCGCUGACUCGUGCUCACACGAAUGAUCUCCCCGAAACGCCUGCUCCAGAUUUGGACUGCCCAUCCCAGUCAUUCGUCGAUGGACAAAAUACGAAGGACCCACCUGAACAGAAUCAAGAUCGCCGACCUCGGGACCAAGCUUCAAAGAAUGAUGGCAACUACGUUACGCGUUCUGGUCGAAUUGUCAAGCCUGUGCAACGUCUCUUAUGUGAAAAGUGAUAGUUGUUACGAAUAUGCAUUUGAUUUAUUUAUGAAAUGAAUGCAUGAUUAUUAUUGAUGUCCUUUGUUUAUUGAUCUUUGUCCUUUAUGUAUGAAUGAUUUCUUUAGCUUAGAAAGGGGGGUGUGGUGUAAGGUAUGUCAUAGAGUAUAGUUAAGUCUCAUAUUUCUGUAUCUCUGACUGUGCUCGUCUCACUUGCCCAGUCAGUCACCAUCUGCUACUUGGAGAAUAAAGACAUGUAUAUAGUAACUCUCCAGUGCCUGCUCUCUGACUGAUUUCGACAUCGGUGUAAAUGGUGUGUCGAUGGCCAACGCUACCUAAUUGCAUCUCACACGCAUUACACUACAAAACCUGCUGUUACAAGAUUAUUGAUUUGGUAGAUAUUAGUGCUAUGUAACAUUUGAAGACAGAUUUUUACAAAGGCCAUCAAUAAAAUUACGCAAAACUUAAAAUGCGAAUUUAUUCAGUGGACAAAAUUAGGUUAUACAAGGUGGUUUAAAUAUAAGGUUACAAUGGAAAAUUUUUCAACGGGAAAAAUUCGCAAAUCUCCGAAA